CCAAGAUGGCGCCCGCGGAGGCGACCUCUUUCCCGCCCGUUCGCCCCCUCCCUCCGACGCGCUCCUGGUAGGCGGGGCCGGGGAGGGGCCGGGGGGAGGAGCCGCCGCGCCCGAGGCGUGAUUGGGAUCCCGAGCCAAGCGCAGCGCAGCGCAGCGAGGGGCCUUCGCCAUGGGCAACUGUCACACGGUGGGGCCCAAUGAGGCGCUGGUCGUGUCAGGUGGAUGCUGCGGCUCGGAUAAUAAGCAGUACGUCUUCGGAGGCUGGGCUUGGGCCUGGUGGUGUGUCUCGGACACCCAGAGACUGUCUUUGGAGGUUAUGACCAUCCUUUGUCGCUGUGAGAAUAUUGAGACGUCGGAGGGGGUCCCACUGUACGUAACGGGGGUCGCACAGGUGAAAAUAAUGACCGAAAAGGAGCUUCUGGCAGUGGCUUGUGAGCAGUUCCUGGGGAAGAACGUCCACGACAUUAAGAACGUAGUCCUCCAAACGCUGGAGGGGCAUCUGCGCUCCAUCUUAGGGACGUUGACUGUUGAGCAGAUCUACCAGGACAGGGACCAGUUUGCCAAGUUGGUGCGGGAGGUGGCAGCCCCAGACGUUGGCCGGAUGGGCAUUGAAAUCCUGAGCUUUACGAUCAAGGACGUCUAUGAUAAAGUCAGCUACUUGAGUUCCCUGGGGAAGACCCAGACGGCAGCCGUUCAGCGAGAUGCGGACAUUGGAGUGGCCGAAGCGGAGCGUGAUGCCGGCAUCCGGGAAGCGGACUGCAAAAGAGAAAUGCUGGAUGUCAAGUUCAUGGCAGACACGAAGGUGGCCGACUCCAAGCGGGCCUUCGAAAUGCAGAAAGCGGCUUUCAGCCAGGAGAUCAACGUGAAGACAGCAGAGGCUCAACUUGCUUAUGAACUGCAAGGAGCGAAAGAGCAGCAAAAGAUCCGCCAAGAGGAGAUCGAGAUCGAGGUGGUGCAGCGCCGGAAGCAGAUCGACGUGGAGGAGAAAGAGAUCAUUCGCAUGGACAAGGAGCUCAUUGCCACCAUCAGGAGGCCGGCGGAGGCCGAGGCCCACCGCAUGCAGGAGAUUGCAGAAGGAGAGAAGGUGAAGCAGAUGCUGAUUGCUCAGGCCGAAGCGGAGAAGAUCCGCAAGAUCGGAGAGGCCGAGGCGUCCGUCAUCAAGGCCAUCGGCAAAGCGGAGGCUGAGAAGAUGAAGCUCAAGGCCGAGGCCUACCAGCAGUAUGGGGAGGCUGCCAAGAUGGCUCUGGUGCUUGAUGCUCUGCCGCAGAUUGCCGCCAAGGUGGCUGCCCCAUUGACCAAGGUCGAUGAAAUUGUGAUUCUCAGCGGGGACAACAACAAACUGACAACAGAUGUGAACCGGUUGCUGGCUGAGCUCCCUGCAUCUGUGCACGCCCUCACCGGAGUCGACCUAUCCAAGAUCCCCUUAAUCCAGAAAGCCACCGGAGCCCAGGCCUGAGACGAGGCGAGCCAACGGAGAGCACCCCCCCGACCUGUUUAUGCACUCCCCACCAACUGCCUUGAACAUUGGGGGUCUCCUCUUUCAUCAGUGGAGAUAGUUGGGGGCUUUGCUUGGGUGCCUUAUAUCUUUUAGGACCGGAGUGGAGCAGGUCCGCUGGUCUUUCCUUUCCAAGAGAGGCUUCUCUUCUGUAAUUCCUGUUCCGUGUCACGCUAGCCAAACUCCUCUCUCGUCUGCUGUCUCACAAAGUCUGUGCCUUGACCAACCACUGCCCCUCCGGUUGCUGCUGCUGGGGCAGGGCUAGACCCCCAAAUGGAAGCGUUUGGAACAGAUCCCCUGGCAGAGAGAAACGGGGUCUGCUACGUGGGGUUUUUCCCUCACAUACCUGGCGGUGAGGGACACCUUUUGAGAUUAUUUUGCGUCAGCUGCUGCCACCUCGGGAGGGGAGGGGACGGGAUGCCACCAGUGCGCUGGGUCUUUUGGAGCCAUAUCAGUCAAAAUGUCCCGUGCGGUCCAAACGUUGAUUCCUCUGAAGGGGAGGGGAGCGGGUGGGCCCCAGUUUGAUCCUGGAAGGCUGCUGAAACGUGUGGACUCACCCUCAGUAGCAUGUUCUGUAGGCCAAGACCCUCGUGGCCCCUCCUGCCGAGUGACCGGUGAGGAUCAAAGAUCUCAGAAGAAUCAAGGCCACGUUCUGUCCCCACGCUUGCACCCCCCCACCCUUGCGCGCGCACACACUUGGUGUCAUCCCCCUGUUGUGUGAUAUUUACUCAGUAUACAGAUUGUGCCUCCUUUUUGAUGCUAUGCGAAGUUCUUACCACGUUGUCUGAUUUGCAGCGUCACCACGGCAGAAGCCGAGAGAGCCUCAGCGUUCUGCUCCCUUGUGUCCCAUGUAGCUAGGGACACAUCUCCCCUCCCCCCCCCCCUCGGCUCUAUUCAGUCCGUGUGCUGGAGGCGUCUCCUUUUCUCCCCCCUCUCCCUUUGUGGUGUAAACAGAGAUGUCCUCCAGCGAAGGAAGUGUCUCUGAGCCAGCAAAAGAGUCUCAGAACAGGCUUGCUGUCUCGGUCCUUCCUAAGCAGGGAGGCUCCCCGAAGCUUCAGUUUUCCUGGCCCCUGAAACCGCCCUCUCAUACCCCUGGGCGAAGGCAUGAGAGCAUUGGAAGGGGUGGCAGGGUUGGAACGGGCGGCAGCCAAACCAAAAGGCCGGAGCCAGCUGGGCUUGAGGCCAGCUGUGUCUCCUCUCCCCACCGUCCGAUGUGCCUGGCUCGGUUGCUGCAAGGAUCAUUGUUUCCCUCCCCGCUUCUUUGUGCCAAGGGGUGUGGCCCUCCUCCCCCUUAUUCUGCACUCCGCCCCUCCAAGGCCUCUGGUGUCUGCCUCAAAUAUGAAGGUGGUUCCAUAGAUCCAUCUACCUGUGUUCGUGGGAUGGGUUAGGGUGGGGGACGGUGCCUGUGUCCCGUCCCGUUCCCCCGGGGAUUUUAAGCAGCUCCCAUGGUGCCUCCUGCCUUAUUAAACAUGGCCAUGUAAACAAGCUUACAACCCCUCUGUGGUGUCAAAGAUCCCAGGGAUGCUGUCUUGCAUGAUGUGUUGGGUCCUCUUACCUGUUCAGGCUGCUUCUGGAGUAUCCUGGCUCCCUCCCUGCCCCCUUCCCUCUUUCCCUCCCUCCUGAUAAUGUGAAGGCCAAAAGGGGAGAGAAAGGUCUUUGGCACUUUGCUGCUGAUCUUCGGCACUGAUGCGGAAGGACCCUGAGCUUUAGGUGGGGGGGUGAGCUGCCGUGACUUCUUCCGACGGCUUUGGUGGGGGGGAAGGACAUUGGAAAGCAAACCACCCGCCUUGCACGCUCAAGGAGGUAGCAUUGGCGUUUGGUGCCUGAGAGGAAGACGUCCGCCUGCCCCUCCUCUUCCUCUCUCCCGCCCCUGCUUGUUCUCUUGCCAUGGCUGCCAGACAUAUCUCUGCAUGUACAUGGUGCAUGACAGCCCGUGCCAUGGGUCUCCAGGGACCUCUUGUUAAUUCAAGUGUGAAGAAAAAUGUACAAUAAAAUUGUGGUGACCUUGC